AGACCUGAUCAAUAAUGGCUUCUCUGAUGCGCAUGGCUGUUGCUCCGUCGAUGUGGGCUGCCGCCCCGGCGGUCCGCGUGGCUGCCCUCGCUGUCCGCGGCUACGCCGCCGAGGCUGGCCAGGCCAAGGCUGAUGCGCCGGUGGUCAAGGUCGACAUUGCCAACUGCCACGACUCGCUCGAGUGGGUUGUGCCCUCGCCGCCCAACUUCCACACCUUUGAUGAGCUUCCGUUCAUCAAGGAGUCGGAGAACGAGUAGAUGCAGCCGCCUUGUUUGAGCACAAACACACACCACCCACACAUA